GUAAAUUUUGCAUACUGGAAAUGAAAAUGCAAGCAAUGAAUCUGAGAUUAUUGUGCUCAAUUCAAUUCCAAACCAUCCUUCUCUUGUUGGUUGUACUUCUACAUAUUAAAACUCUUUCUGUUUCUGGUAGUAGUAUUGCCACCUCAACUUAUUUCGGUGGGAAUGAGACUGAUCAUCAAGCUUUGUUGGCCUUCAAGAGACAGAUAACACGUGACCCUGAAAACGUUUUCAGCUCGUGGAAUGAUUCCUUCCAUUUCUGCGAUUGGGAAGGUGUUACUUGCGGCCGCAAGCAUAGAAGAGUCACUGUAUUACAUCUUCGGUCCAAAGGUUUGGUGGGUUCCUUGUCUCCAUGCAUUGGCAACCUCAGCUUCAUUAGGGAAAUAGUGCUGGCAAACAACACCAUUGGAGGCAAAAUCCCUGAUGAAGUUGGCCGUCUAUUCAGGUUGCAUGUAUUGUGGUUGUCUAAUAACUCCUUCCAAGGGGAAAUUCCUGCAAACCUUUCCCAUUGCUCCAACAUUAAGUUUCUAGCUCUUAGCACUAACAAUCUCAGGGGAGAAAUCCCAUCUUUCUUUGGGAACUUUAGCUCUCUCCAAGUUUUAUCUGCAAUCGAAAAUGUCUUUGGAGGACACAUUCUAGAUGCCUUAGGUCAAUUACGAAGCUUAAAUUUACUUGCACUGUCUGACAAUAAACUCUCUGGACAUAUUCCAGAUACCUUGGGUCAAUUAAGAAGCUUAACGUACCUUGGACUGCAUGAGAAUAAACUCUCUGGUUUGAUCCCUCCAUCUUUAUAUAAUCUUUCGUCUAUUACUGAUUUUUAUCUCUCUAAAAAUAAGCUUAGUGGAAGUCUUCCUACAAACUUAUUCCUCACCCUUCCGCAUCUCCAGUGGUUUCUAAUCUAUGAAAACCAAUUUACCGGAUCUCUUCCAGUCUCAUUAUCCAAUGCUUCAGAGCUACAGUAUUUCCAAGCUGCCACGAACAAUUUUACGGGAAAAAUUUCAGUCAAUUUUGGAGGCCUGCACCGUUUGGAGAUAUUAUUAAUUGAAGAUAAUAAUUUAGGAAGUGAAGAUGAUGAUGAUGAAAUGAAUUUCUUUCAAUCUCUAGUCAAUUGUAGCAGUUUACGAAAAAUAAAUCUUUCAGGGAAUCAACUAAAAGGUACGUUGCCUAAUGUUUUGGGCAAUCUUUCAACCCAGCUUACCUAUUUUGUAAUUGCAGAUACUCUUCUUUUUGGAGAGAUCCCUAUAGGAUUGGGUAAUUUGGUCAACUUGAGAACCUUAUGGAUGAGUGAUAACAAGUUUUCAGGGACAAUCCCGGAUGAUAUUACUGGUCUUAAAAAGUUACAGCGAUUAUAUUUAAAUAACAAUAGGCUCUCAGGAAUGUUACCAAUUACCCUCGGAAACCUAACAUCGAUAAAUGAACUGGAUUUAUAUAAUAACAAAUUGCAAGGAACUAUCCCAUCAAGUAUAGAAAAUUGCCAAAAUUUGUUGUUGUUAGAUCUUUCACAAAACAAUCUCACUGGCAUCAUUCCAAAGCAACUCUUUGCAGUUUCCAUGCUAUCAAUUAGACUUAGUUUAGCUCAAAACUUUUUCUUAGGAUCACUACCUUUUGAGGUCGGCAAUCUUGUCCAUUUAUAUAAGCUGGACUUAUCUGAAAACAAGUUGUUUGGUAAAAUUCCAAGCAGCCUAGCCUCUUGCACAAGUCUUGAGUACCUUUACUUGGAGGGUAAUUUAUUUCAAGGAGAAAUUCCAACAUCCUUGAGUUCUUCGAGGGGUAUUGAAGUCAUGGAUCUUUCCCGGAACAACUUCUCUAGUCAAAUUCCAAAUUUCUUGGAGAAACUCUCCCUCAAGAAUUUGAAUUUAUCCUUCAAUGAUUUUCAAGGAGAGGUUCCAACAAAAGGGGUUUUCGCAAAUGCUAGCGCAAUAUCACUCAUUGGAAAUAGUAGAUUGUGUGGGGGCAUAUCGGAACUAAACUUGCGGAGGUGCUUAGCAAAAGAAGAGAAGAAAAUAAAGUGGCCUUUUUCAGUCAAAGUGGUAAUCUCAAUGGCAUGUGUGAUUUUGGUAAUAACCAUAGUGUCAUUUUUCUUAUUUUAUUGGCGCAAAAAUAAAAGAAAUGAUAAUUCUUUAGAAUCUUCCUUGAAGCAAUCAUUUUUGAGAGUGUCUUACCAAAUGCUCCUUAAGGCAACUGAUGGAUUUUCAUUAGCAAAUUUGAUUGGUGUUGGUAGUUUUGGCUCAGUGUAUAAAGGCAUCCUUGGUGACGAUAGAUCAAUUGUUGCAAUUAAGGUACUAAAUAUUCAACGUCAAGGAGCUUCCAGGAGCUUCGUCUCCGAGUGUGAAGCCUUGAAAAAUAUUCGUCACCGAAAUCUUGUGAAGAUCAUAACUUGUUGCUCAAGUGUGGAUUUUCAUGGCAAUGAUUUUAGGGCUCUAGUUUACGAGUUCAUGCCAAAUGGAAGUCUAGAAAAUUGGUUGCAUAUGGAUCUAGAAACAAAUAUCAUGCAGGUAGAGAUCCGAAAUCUGAACAUUCUUCAAAGAACAAACAUUGCCAUUGAUGUCGCUUGUGCACUUGAUUACCUACACAACCAUUGCCCAAUGCCAGUUGUUCAUUGUGAUAUAAAGCCAAGCAACAUUCUUUUCGAUUGUGAUAUGAUUGCUCAUGUUGGAGAUUUUGGGCUUGCGAAGUUUCUUUUAAGACUUACCGAUUCGAAAGAAAGUAGUUCGAUUGGAAUAAGAGGAACAAUUGGGUAUACCCCUCCAGAGUACGGUUUAGGAAGUGAGGUGUCAACCAAAGGAGAUGUGUACAGCUAUGGAAUUUUAUUGUUGGAGAUGAUAACAGGAAAGAGACCCACAGAUAGUAUGUUUGAGGGAGGCCUUAACCUUCACAACUAUGCUAGCAUGGCCGUACCAGACGGUGUAAUGGAAGUUGUGGAUCCAAAACUUUUAAAUAAUGUUGAUGAAGUUCUUGGAAAUCACAACGGUUGCCUUGCAAAUAAAAUAAAGGAGUGUUUGAUAUCCACGGUCAAGGUCGGAGUGGCAUGCUCUAUGGAGUUGCCACAAGAACGAUGGGACAUUAGCAAGGCCAUCUCUGAGUUGCAUUUGGUUAGGGACAUUAUUCUUGGUGCUAGGAUUUAGCACAUCAUGCUUGGCUAUAUGGAAGGUCCAAAAAGUCUUGUGCUCCUUCAAAGUGUUACAUUGGAUGGAAAGACUUUUCUGGCAUUCUAGAUAGGCUUGCCUAUGGUUAUUCAUUGAAUAAGAAGUAUUUUGCAUGUUUCAUAUACCUUGUCUUCUAUAUGUUUCUUUUAUACACCUGAGUAGCUCAAAUAAUUUCCUACAAUCUUGUAUUAGUGUAUUAAAUCUAUUGUUAUAUAUUAUGCUUGGACAAUUAAAUAUCAACUUUAUUUGUAGAUGUAAAAUAAUUUUCUACAAAUAAGAAGAAUUAUUUUUCCCUUGCUAAUUCCCAUUCUUCAAAGCUUGAGCCCAUAAAAUAGAGGGAUGGUCGAUUUGGCUUAUCAGUGUAAAUUACAUAACAUGCUAUGUUUGCCUAAUUUUCAAUAACAAAAGUAAUUUGAUGAUCAUGCUUGACAAGAUAGGGCACACAGUAGAUACCAUACACAUAAUUUCAAGAUCCUGUUGGCUAGUCAACUCUAUUAUGGAUUUAAUUCUAUUAUAAAAGUCGAGCUAUAAUUGUUAAGAUGAAACUAAAAAAUUUGGAGUCACCUAAUCGUGUUGAAUAACAGUUAAAUUAAAAAGACAGUUUAUUAAUUAUACAGGACUUUUUUUAGAAGCUCCACAAGUAAUUAAUGCUCUUGUUGUUCAGCUAAGAUGGCUUCGUGUUUGACCUUGACGAGUACAAAAUCAUAUCGGGUAUGAGCAACAAGUGUAUUAGAUUAAGAUAAGUUGUUAUUCUGAUAGCCUUUACUUGGUAUUUGACGUGAAUGACAAGAAAAAGCCAAUAGAUGUGCUCAAAGGAUUUUUGAUUCUUAGUGGAGUCUUUCUUCAAAGAGAAAGUGGUAUCAUUCCUUAACACAUCAUGCCCACAAAGACCACCACUCCACUCCUAUGGGAUUUCCUCCCACUAUCCUCAGCUUGAUGAUUCAUUAUUUGUGGGAAUUGAGAUUGUUUUAUCCUCAGG